GAUGGCGGUGAUCAAAGCUCGGUGUUUAUAGGUCCUAGUGUCCUACGAAUAUAAACAAACACGAAUUCUAACCAAAUCCGACUGACGGAAUAUUAUUGCUUGAUGAGCCUAUUCGACAUUUAGAUAAUACCAAGAGGUUUUCAUUACCCAAAUUUCUGGAUCAGGAUCGAGUUAUUGAACGAACUCGUUAUUAUUUGUAAACAGCACUUCAUCCCCUGUUGGCCAAAGUAUGCAGCCGGCCAGGGAUCGAGAAAAAUCCUCCAGCAAUGUGAAACCCAAUUACUCGUUAAAAUUUACAUUGGCUGGUCACACCAAAGCUGUGUCGUCAGUAAAAUUCAGUCCAAAUGGCGAAUGGCUAGCGAGUUCAUCUGCUGACAAAUUGAUCAAGAUUUGGGGUGCUUAUGAUGGCAAGUUUGAAAAGUCUAUUGCUGGACAUAAAUUAGGAAUCAGCGAUGUCAGUUGGUCAUCAGAUAGUCGUCUUUUAGUAUCUGCCUCAGAUGACAAGACUUUAAAAGUUUGGGAAUUAAGUUCGUCAAAAUGUGUCAAGACGCUUAAAGGCCAUAGUAACUAUGUUUUUUGUUGUAAUUUUAAUCCACAAUCAAAUUUAAUCGCUUCUGGAUCUUUUGAUGAAAGUGUAAGAAUUUGGGAAGUAAAAAGUGGUAAGUGUCUGAAAACACUUCCUGCUCAUUCUGAUCCAGUUAGUGCUGUUCAUUUUAAUAGAGAUGGAUCUCUUGUGGUCUCUAGUAGUUACGAUGGUUUAUGUCGUAUUUGGGAUACUGCCAGUGGUCAAUGUUUAAAAACACUGAUCGAUGAUGACAAUCCACCUGUUUCAUUCGUAAAAUUCUCACCUAAUGGAAAGUACAUCUUGGCAGCCACCCUUGAUAAUACACUAAAAUUAUGGGAUUACACAAAAGGCAAAUGUCUUAAAACUUAUGUUGGCCAUAAAAAUGAGAAAUACUGUAUAUUCGCAAAUUUUUCUGUGACUGGUGGAAAAUGGAUAGUUUCGGGAUCUGAAGACAAUAUGGUAUAUAUUUGGAAUUUACAAUCAAAAGAAAUUGUACAAAAAUUACAAGGUCAUACAGAUGUAGUUUUGUGUACUUCAUGUCAUCCAACAGCAAAUAUAAUUGCGUCAGCAGCAUUAGAAAACGACAAGACAAUAAAACUAUGGAAAAGUGAUACUUAAAGAUUAAUUUAAAGUUUAAUUAUUAUUUUGUAUAAUAUGUAUAAAGGGAAUGGUUAUAUUCUCCUGCCUUGUGACUAUAGUCUUAUUUUCAUUGUAAUCAACUGUAAAAUUACUUACAGUAAUAGUAAUAGUUAAAUUAUUAUUUUUACUAUUUUUUCUUAUUUUUUUGCUCAAAACUUAAAUAUUAUUUAUUAAAUCAAAUAUACAAUUGUAUUGCCUUCAAAUAUAAUAAAAGAUAAUUUGCCUCAAAAUAAAUUAUCUACAAUGUUUAAAGAUUAUAUAUUGUACAAAAUAUGACUGCUUUAUCACAAGUAAAAUACUAAAAUCUUAAAAUUGAUUAUAAAUAUUUAAUUUAUGAAAUAUUAAUAGACAUGUAGUGUAGUAUGUUUUAUAUUAAAGUUUUUAAAUUUCAUUUCACUUUUAAGUUUGUAUGUCCUAAGAUAAUUAAUUGUUUACUGUCAAUAAUUUUAAAAAUCAAUACUGUCAAUGAAUCCAAGUAUUAAUUUAAUUUUAAAAUUUACAAUAAUACAUUGCAGUUCAUAUAUUUUAUAUAUUAUUUGUUUACAAGUAAAUUAUUUUGUACUUUUAUAAAUUGUAAAGUAUUUUUCUGGAACUUUUAAUUAUGUUUUUAAAACUUUAAGUACAUAAUUCUAAUAAUAGAAAUAAAUUGAACUCAAAAUGGUAUUUUUUGUUCUUGGGUACCGCUUAUAUAUUUAUUCUAAUACUUGUUUAAAAUAUGUUGUAAUACAAAAAUUAGUUUUGAUGAAAUGUAUAAUAUUAAUAAAUUGUAUGUUAAAAUAAAGCAAAUUUCUAUCAUUUUAA